AAGGGCCUUUGAGCGCCACGUGGGAAAACAAAUCUGGAUCGGAUAAUCGAGCGGGAUUACAAUACGGUACGAUUAGCUCCUGGCCUCCUAUUGAUCGCGUUCCCCUUCGCCUUCAAUCGCCCCGUUCGCAGUAGCCCACCCCACCCGCCUCCGUUGUACUCGCUCGCGCUAGCGAUUUCACCGCAGCUCGCUCUCGCGCCGUUCGACUAUCGUCGUCGGUCCGCCGGCCCACCGCUCGGGCGUCGCAUCUUCCGCCCCUUUUCCACGAGAUCACUCACUAGGGGGCAUCCUCCAGCGAUUUCGCCGCAACCCACCCGCACGGCGGGUCGGACCGACAAGUUUCCAAAUUCUCAUCAGUCGGCACCUCGCCGGCGCCGAUGGCAGGAAAGCCGCUCCCAACCUCCUAUCCAAUGCCCCUUUGCUCUAUCCGCCGUUCGCUUCUCUUCCUUGCUGCUCUAACUUUGAUCUGCUUCUCCCUUGCCUCCCUCAGUUCCCUUCGCUUAUCUCCCCAACUCCUCUUGCAUAAGGUCUCCGUGGCUGAAUAUUCUGGUGAUCUUCCCAGCCCGGGACUACAUUAUUCCACGAUCUAUCACUCACCGGAUGUAUUUUUGAAAGAUUACGCAGAGAUGGAGAGGAAAUUUAAAGUUUACAUCUACCCGGAUGGGGAUCCAAAUACUUACUUCCAGACGCCAAGGAAGCUAACUGGCAAGUACUCUAGCGAGGGGUACUUCUUCCAGAACAUCCGGGAAAGUAGGUUCCGUACUGAGGAUCCUGAUCUGGCUGACCUGUUCUUCGUGCCAAUAUCUUGCCAUAAGAUGAGAGGGAAGGGAAUAUCUUAUGAGAAUAUGACCUUCAUAGUUCAAAAUUAUGUUGAAAGCUUGAUCAGUAAAUACCCAUAUUGGAACAGAACAUUGGGUGCAGAUCACUUUUUCGUAACCUGUCAUGAUGUUGGUGUGAGGGCAUUUGAAGGAAUUCCUAUGGUCAUAAAAAAUUCAAUUCGUGUUGUCUGUUCACCUAGUUAUGACUUUGGGUAUAUCCCACACAAGGAUGUUGCUCUUCCUCAAGUUCUACAGCCAUUUGCUCUCCCAUUAGGAGGAAAUGACAUUGAAAACAGGACGAUACUGGGAUUUUGGGCAGGUCAUAGAAACUCAAAGAUAAGAGUUAUAUUAGCUCGUGUAUGGGAGAAUGAUACUGAGCUUGCCAUUAGCAACAAUCGUAUAAACAGGGCUAUUGGGAGGUUGGUCUAUCAGAAGACAUUCUACAGGACUAAGUUCUGUAUAUGUCCAGGUGGUUCCCAAGUCAAUAGUGCUCGUAUAGCUGACUCAAUUCACUAUGGAUGUGUUCCAGUUAUUUUAUCCAAUUACUACGACCUGCCAUUUAAUGACAUCCUUGACUGGCAAAAGUUCUCUAUUGUGCUCAAGGAGAGUGAUGUCUAUCGGUUGAAAUCUAUCUUGAAGUCUGUGCCGCAUGAGAAGUUUGUUGAUUUACACAACCACUUAGUUGAGGCCCAGAAGCACUUUGAAUGGCAUUCACCUCCAAUACCUUAUGAUGCAUUUCACAUGGUGAUGUACGAGCUCUGGCUCAGACACCAUGUUAUUAAAUACUGAGUCAAAGGCUAAUGGAUGGACAUUUUAUCCAACUUUUGAUGAAAUUCUGAACUGGUCUGAGGCGGCCAAGCACAACUGCGCAUAGAGAUGCAAUAUAUUUAUCGAAUUCAACCACAGAAGUAGGAAAUGAGAAGUCUGAAAUGAGUUUGGAAUCUUUUACCCAAGCAUCUUUGCAGUUGUGUACCAAUCAUUUUCAUCUAGAGACAAAAGAGGUGGCAACAAGGUAGAUAGCAGGCGGCAAUAUGCCAUUUUGUUUCAUUCUGGAAUAUUAAUCCUCUAAAUUGCGGCUUCGUUGUGUUUUGUUCAGCAAUUUGCUGUUGUAAACAUGGCACUUGACACUUGAGCGAUGGAGAUGACAUAACGACCUAUGUUAACUUGCAGAGUUUCACUUGCCAGUUUGCAGUCUCUCGUGUACAGUCACUUUCUUUUAUGAUAUUAGGUGUAGAAAUUUUAUUAUAACAUUUUUAACAGAUUAGCUUCUGAAG